GGGAAAACCGCUUCCAGACAACAGCGCUCCUCAGUGCCCAUGGCAACGGGGUCCUGGACUCCAGUUUCCAGGGAAACCCAGCCCUCAGCGUCUCGGUUGCCAGAGCAACGUCCAUGGGCUCGCUUGGCCACGCGGUCACCAACCGAACUCGGGGCAGCGGGGCACCCAGGCUCGGGAGGACUCGGGACAGCAGAGCCAGGUGCCACGCAGGCGGGGCCGCACGCUGAGGACCAGCCCGGCCGGACAGGUGGGAGCAGGAGACUCACCUGCAGCCGAGCCCCGGCGUUCUCUGGCCCGAGAUGAGCUCUGCCUCCAGUGAGCCCGGCGAAGGGAACGCCCUCCCGCAGUCCCCGCUGGGGCUGGACGCCGUGAUCCGGAGGCUGGAGGACGCCGUCCUGGGCCCCUCGGCCAGCAGAGAAGACCGGGCGCUGACCGUGGGCAGGGAAGGCCGGCAAGCCCCGCCCGCCCCCGUGCCCGCCCGCAUCCGCGAGAUCGUGGCCGGCAGCCUGGCCGAGGAGCCGCCCCAAGGGCUGCGGGAGCCGCCGGCCUCGGUGGCCGGGGCCCGGGAGGAGCAGGAGCUCCUGCAGCAGGAGCUGGCCCGGCUCGGGGACCUGCUGGCCCAGACCGGCGCAGAGCGGGACGAGCUCGCCAGCAGGUACCACGCGGUCAGCGAGCGGCUGCAGGCCCGGCUGGAGACCACCGAGGCCCGGCUGCGGAGGUCGGAGCUGGAGCACAGCACACACCUGGAGGAGGCCCUCGGCCGUCUGGAGGACGCUGAGCAGAGGAGCACCGGCCUGUCCCAGGUCAACGCCCUCCUGCGGGAGCAGCUGGCGCAGAUGCAGAGGGCCAACGACGCCCUGGCCCGGGAGCUGGCGUGGACGACCGGCCUGGCGCUCCGCCUGCGCCGGGAGCUGGACCCGAGGCGCGGGGCUGAGAGAGAGACCCGGAGGCGGCCCCGGGACUUCCUCCUGCUGUGGAGACAGGCCUCGGCACUGCGGACACACCUGGCUGAGCUGCGCACGGCCACCGAGCGGGGUCUCGCCGACAUGCGGGCAGACGCGGCCAGGACCGCCCGGCGCCUGCGCACUGCCUGCCUGAGCCUCGACUGCAACCUGCGGCUGUCGGCGGGCGGCGCCCUGGGGCAGCAGCUGCGGGACAAGGUCGGGGAGAUGCUGCAGCUGCAGGGCCGCUGGGACGCGGAGAAGGUGGCGCUGCAGGCCAGACUCUGCGAGCAAACGCAGCUGGUGGAGAAGCUCACAGAGCAAAACAGGCAGCAGCAGAGAACCAUCGCUUCCCUGGAGACGGAUGUGCAGAGACUGGAAUCCCAGCGCAGUGGAGGCCAGGUGGCGGAGGACCGCUUGAGGGACGAAGUCCGGUCCCUGCGGCGCGCGUUGGCGAGCGUCACCGAGGAGGCCAAGGCGGACGCCGGGUGCCCGGAGCUGGCCUGGAGCCGCAGCACAGAGGGGGAGGAGCCGCGGAGCCCCCAGCGCCCCACGUCGCCCCAGCAGGAGGGGUCCCCACCGCCGGCCCGGCCCACAGCCACGCCGGACCCCGCGCUGCGGGCCGUGCGGGCGGCCAUCGGGAGGCGGCGGCGGCGGGAGCAGGUGGGCGGCGCGGCCCAGGGGCACCCUCCGCUGAGGAGCCCUUACAGCCCUGCCACCGAGCCCCACGCCCCGGGAGGAGGCGACCACGGCCUCACCAGGGUCCUCUCUGGGGGGUCGGAAGCCCUGGCUGGGCCCUGGGGGCAAAGGUCUGCGGGGCAGAGGGCCUCACACCGCUGCCCCACCGGGCAGGAGCUGCACGUGCGGCUGGAGUCCUCGCAGGCCGAGGCCGCCGGGCUCCGCGCGCAGCUGUCCGAGUGCCGGUGGGAGCUGCGCGCCUCGCGGAGGGACCUGCAGGAGCGCGCACGGGACCAGGCGCGCACGCGAGAGGCCCUCGGGCUGGAGGCGUCCGCGGGGCUCCUGGGAAGCCAGCAGCUGGAGGAGAAGGUCUCGGAGCUCAGGAAGGAGCUGGCCUCGGCCCGGGAGGCACUGAGCGCCGCCCAGCUGCAGAGGGACGUUGUGGAGAGCGAGAGGGAGGGCCUACGUGGAGCUCUGGCUCGGGCCGAGUCCAGCAAUGCUGACCUAGAACUGCUCGUGGGGAGGCUGAGGUCAGAGGGCGUGGAGCAAAGGGACUCCCUGGCCCAGAUGGCUGCCCUGCUGGAAGGGCUGGCUCAGGACAAGGGCACCCUGAACCACCUGGUCCUGCAGCUGGAGCAGGAGCGGGACCAGCUGCGGGCGCAGCGGACGGAGCUGCAGCAGGACUGGGCCAGCGCCCGGGAGCAGCUGACGCAGGCAGAGCAGCGGCUGGCGCAGGUGCGGGCUGAGCACCGGGGUCUGCAGCAGGCCUGCAGGCACCUGGAGCAGCAGCAGGAGCAGCUGGAGGGGCGGGCGGCCCAGCUCGGGCGCGAGAAGGCCCAGCUCCAGGAGCAGGUGGGCCAGCUCACACGCAAGACACGGGCCCUGGAGGAGCAGCUGGCGCGGAGCCUGCAGGACCAGGAGACCCAGCUGGACGCUCUGCAGCGAGCCCUGCAGGAGAAGGACGCCCUGUCCGCGCAGCGGGCCCAGCUGCUGGCCGAGCAGGAGGCCGUAGAGAGGCAGGGCCAGCUCGAGGCCAAGGAGGCGGCCGACCUCAGGGCCGAGAGGGACUCCCUGGAGAGCCGCCUCUUUGAGGCCCAGCAGCUGGCGACGCAGCUGCAGGUGCAGCAGGAGCGGCUGGCGGGAGAGGCCCGGAGUGCCCGGCUGGCUCAGCGCAACUCGCAAGCGGAAGCGGAGCAGCUGAGAAGCGAGUGGGAGGCCCAGGAGGCGCAGCUGCGGCAGGUGGCGAGGCAGGAGCGGGAGGCGCAGGGGGCCCUGGAGCGCCAGGCGCUGGCCCAGCUCGAGGACCUGGCGCAGCUGCAGAGGGAGAAGGAAACCCUGAGUCUGGCCCUGGCGGAGGAGAAGGAGGCGGCCGAGUUCCAGCGGCAGCAGGAGAAGGAGCUGGCGGCCAGAAGCGCAUCCGAGAGGGAGGCUCUGAAAGAGGAAAUUCGGAGCCUGAAGCAGGAGCGGGAUGAGAGCCGCCUCCAGCUGGAGCAGGAGAUGCAACAGGCGCUGUCUCUGAAGGAAGCCCAGCUCGGCCUGCUCAGCAAGGAGCUCUCCAAGGCUGACCGCGAGCGGGAGCAGGUGCAGCAGGAGGCCCAGAGCCGGCAGGAGCAGGCGGAGGCCACCAUCCGCGCCACGGCGGAGGAGCUGAAGGCCCUGCAGGCCCAGUUUGAGGGAGCCAUCGCUGCCCACCAGAGGGAGGCCGCUCCCAGCCAGAGUCUGCGGGACAUUGCGGCCCAGAGGAGCGACACUGAGAGAGAGGCGGAGCGGCUGCGGGCUCAGCUGGACGUGGCCCGGGAGGAGCUGGCGGUGCUGCGCCAGGAGCUGCAGGGCGCCGAGGAGAGCUGCGAGGGGCUGCGCAGGGAGGCCCGGGAGGCCCGCCAGGCGCUGGGCAGCGAGGCCGGCGAGCUGGAGGUGCUGUGCCGCUCCAACAGCGAGCUGCGGGCCGCCCUCCGCCGAGCCGAGCAGGACAAGGCCAGUUUUCAGCGGUCGGCGGAGGAGAAGGGGCAGCGGCUGCUCGUCCUGGAGGCGGCGGGCGCGGCGGCGCAGCGGGAGGCCGGGGCACUGAGGGCCGGCCUGCGGGAGCUGCAGCGCGAGCAGGGGGACGCCCGCCGGGAGCUCCAGGAACGCGGCAGACAGGUGAGGAUGCUGCAAGCCGAGAUCCAGAGGGAGAGGCGCGGGCGCGGCGAGCUGCAGGCCCGGAGGGCGCGGGAGACGCUGGAGCUGCAGAGCCAGGCGGCCGAGGCGGAGGCCGCCCUCGGGGGCGCCCGGACGGAGGGCGGCAGGCGGGACGCGGAGGCCCAGCUGGGCCGGCUGUGCUCCACGCUGCGCCGCGGCCUGGCGCUCGGGGGACAGAGCCCCUCGGCCUCCCCCCAGCGGCCAGGCUCCCCGGCCAAAGGCUCCGAUGGCCCCCCGGCUCGGCCUGGGCCGCAGGGCGCCAGCCCCCCCGCCAGCCCCCACUGGCCCCCACGCAGAGACCACGGAGCGGUGGUGGUGGACGUGGCCUCUGUGCGUGACGCUCUGGGGGACCUCGUGCAGAAGCUUUGGGACGCCCAGCGGGGCCGGAACGACUACCGUGUCCAGGCAGCCAGCCUGAGCAGCCGGCUGAGCGAGGCUGAGCGUCAGCGUGCCCAGGCCCAGGGCCACGUGGGGCAGCUGCAGACGGCCCUGGCCCAGCCCGUGAGGAAGGGACGCCCCCUUCGACAGGGACCACCACCACCCAACGACCCCGUGCCCCUCCCGCUCGGCCGCAGCCCCCCUGCUGUUGCCUGCCUGGCCCGCCUCCCAGGCCAAGCCCGGCCUCUUGUCAGCCCAGCCAACCUGUGGAUGGUGGGGGCCGUGGGGGCCCUGAGGCACCUGGCCUGCCACAGCGCCGGCCGCCGGGCAGACGAGCGCGCUGAAGCAGCACCAGGCGUUCGCGGCCUGCAGCGGGAGGCGCUCGGCAGGCUGCAUGGCCGGAGCAUCCUGGCGGCACAACACAAACCACCUCAUCCACCCACACCGCUGUGCGCCAGGCCUGUUCCUGCCUGUCCACAUCCCGGCGACACAGACCUGCGGGACAGCCGGGCAGGUGCCCUGCGCCUCCGUCCCCAGGAGCCCCCCAGGGUUUCCAGGUGGGCCUGCGUCUGUCUCCCCCAGGUGCAGCUGGACGCCCUGCACCAGGCCCUCGAACAGAGCAGGCGGCACAGCCAGGGCCUGGCCAGAAAGCUGAGGCUGCUGGAAGACUGCAGGUGCCAGGAGGCCGCGGGGCUGGAGCCCCUGCAGCAGGCCCAGACGGCGGGGCGGGAGCCGUCUGCCCAGCACCAGCAGGACCCGGCUGGGGAGGCAGAGCGUCCGUGUGCGGCUCGGCUGCAGGCCCUGCAGGCCCCGGAGUCCCCCGAGCAGCCCCAUCAGCGGCAAAUAAAGGUGCUGGAGGAGCAGGUGGCCGCCCUGCGGGAGCAGCUGGACCGGGAAGAGCAGCGGCGGCAGCCACAGGCACAGGACGGCCAGGCCGGGCAGUGAGCCCUGUGCGGCCCGCCGGGAGCCACUGCUGGGAACACCAGCCCGUGCUCCGCACCAAGCGCCCAUCAGGGGCCAAUAGGGUGGGCGUGAUGCUGGCAGAGGGUGCAGGGUGUGUGCCCGCACCCUGGAGCCCCCGGGGGGGGGGCGGGCACACGCUGACCCCUCGGACUGCGGGACUCCUCCCGCCCCCGGGGGCCUCGGCCUGCAGCUGGCGCCGGACCUGCCGGGCUCACUCCUCUGCGACAGCCCCACCCCACCCCCCCGCUGUGGACCGCGGGGCGUCCCGGCCUCCUUUCAGCCCCGCCCGAUCCUGGCGCUCGGCUUCCCUGCAGACGUGCUGAGCUGGCCAGCCUCCCCAGCUGCAUGCGUGCCCUCGGCUCUGUAAACAUGGGAAAACACGUGGAAAACAUUUCCACCGCUGGAGCCAGAAACACAGUGUCCUGUGAGGCCAGCGGCCGCCGCCCCACGCCCAGGGGCUGCGGAACCUCCGUGUCCAGGAACCGCGGCCCGUCGCGGUGGCAGGUGGCUGGAAGUGACUCAGAUGCAAGUCCCCGUGACUCACGGGCCACGAGAGGCAGGGGAGGGCACAUGGGAGCCCCCCACUUACUCUCCAGCCUGUGAGCACCGGGGGAGCCCCGUGGGAACCGGCCCUGGUUGCCACGGAGACCGAGUGGCCAUCGUGGGCCUGCCCAGGCUCUCCUGUUGCGUGUUUGCUCUGCGCCCCUUGCCCAGCCUCCAGGACUCUGGCCCGGGCGGGAAGGGCCACCAGCUUGGGGAGCCCACCCCAUCCAGUCCCCGUAAGCCAGGUGACAGCCAUCUGCCUGGCUGUUUCAAAUCUCUCCAGGACCGAGGAUAGACCGUCCCGGGAGACCUUGUUUUCCCGUUAAAUUAGUAAGGGAGUUACCAUACGUCCUAGAUGGCGCAAAACCAGCGGCUACAAAGAGGUGGGAAACGGGCUUCACUCUUAACUCUGUUGGAAGCUGUGUUGAGAAGGAUUCUGAAGUCCAGCCCCGGCGGAGGGAGGAGCACAGUGACCUGUCACAGAGGAGGAGCUGGUGCCAGCACAGGUGCCUGUUAGGGGCAAACAGUGAACCCCACAGAAGAUGGCGGGCGGGCUCACCCCACUGCUGGACAGCGUCCGCCAGCCGGGAAGGAGACCCCCAGGGGGCUGGACGUGGCUCCCGGCCCCUGGCCUUCAGUACACAGGGCCUUCCCUUGCCCCCUCCCCAGCCUGCAGUUUCCUCGUGGGGGGGCCUCCAUGCCACACCCCAGCAGAGUGGCCUGAGGGUGGGGGCCACGGGAAGGCGCUAGAGAGAGAGCUAGAGAUUCCUGGGAGCUAGAGAUUCCCGGUGGGGGAGCCCCGUGUGCCCCCCGAGGCUGCUGUGUCCAUGCCCUCCUCUUCAAAUCCCUGCAGAGCCCGGCAUGUGGGGGCAGGGCACGCCCUUCCGCUGGCUCGCAGCCCUGCUCACGGGCAGCCCCCACCCUCCUUCGAGGCUCCCUGCAAGCCCUGGGCUCUCCGAGCUUUUCUAUUUUCACAAACAGUUCGAUCAGCAUAGGAGACAGUGUUUUCACUUAUUUGACAAAAAAGCAUCUAUUUCGGACAAGGGGGAGGGGUUUCUAAUGGAAAUAAACCGGCAUUUUCUUGAACACUUCCA